AUGACCGAUGUACCAAAUCGUGGCCCGGUACUGCUGGCCGUUAACACGACGGGUGCUGUCCUCGCCGGCAUCACUUGCCUGCUACGAUGCUUUGUUCGAACCAGAGUUGUGAAAGGGUUUGGGCUGGAUGACUGGUUGAUGGCGGCUUCAACGGGUGCAUACAUCGCUUUCUGCUGCUUUUCCAACGUGGGGGUCACUCAUGGCACAGGGAAACACAAGUCGGAUGUCGACCCAGAGAAUUACAAGAUUGCAAUGAACCGAUGGUACUACUGCUACCUCCUCUACGCCUGGUCCAUGAUUCUCGUCAAGCUCUCCAUCGGCUACUUUUUGCUCCGAGUCACCAUCACCCGCCUUCACAAAUGGAUCAUUUACGCCGCGGGCGCCAUCACGUGCGUCAGCUGCCUGACGUUUUUCUUCCUCGCCAUGUUCCAGUGCUACCCGAUCAGCUUCUUUUGGAACAAGGACCAGGACGGCAGAUGCAUCAACAUGAACAUCCUGACGGCGUUGGGUAUCCUCUAUUCGAUCUUCUCCGUCAUCACCGAUCUGACGUACGCCCUGCUGCCCGCGUGGGUGGUGGCUCAGCUCAACAUGGACAAAAAGUCGAAAGUGGCGGUGAUUGGUCUGAUGGGGAUGGGAUGCGUGGCCAGCGCGGCGGUUAUUGUUCGUGGGCCGUAUCUUCGACACAUGGGGAGUGAGGAUUUCUUGUGGGAUACGGCGCCGAUUGCGAUUUGGUCGUCUGUCGAAGCUGCGCUUGCUAUCACGGCUGGGUGCCUUGCUUGUUUGCAGCCUCUCGUCAAGAUGAUCGGUGUGAAGCUUGGUCUCGCGGCUUUCACGACGGCCUCCAAAUCUGGGGGGCGGGGGAGUAACCUCAAGAUGACGGGCGAUAUCUCGGUGAGGCGAUCUUUUACCCGACGAACCGAUUUGUUUUCGAGCGCCAACUAUCGUGAGCAGCAGGCGGCUGGGGAGCUGAAGCUUCAGCCGGGGUUGUCGGGGUACACGGCCAAGUGCUACGGCAACACGAGCGAGGAGGAGUUGAGGCCGGUGACAAAGGAUACGGAUGCAACGCUGAGGGGGGAUAGGGACAAUGAGAGCAAGGAGAGCAUGAAUGGGGUGGUGAAGGCGAGGGAGAGGGAGUCAGUAUGA